CUCUCUCUAGCGAUAUAUUUGGGUCGACGAGUUUUGAGAAGAGGCAAAUAUUAGUUAACCUCACAAUAUCGCAUAUUUUAUUAUUGCGAUCGGACAAAAUAGUGCAAACAUGUCUACGCGGCCCGAUGAUCACCGAAGGAAAUGGAACCGGGAGGAAUAUGAGAGGAUCGCGCUUCAAAGACUCCAAGAUGAGAUCGCCGAGGAAGAAUUAGGGAUUCCGAAGCAGCCAGCAGUUAAAAGAGAAUUGCUCAAGCAAAGAGAUUAUAAAGUCGAUCUCGAGUCUAAACUAGGAAAAAGUGUUGUCAUCAACAAAAACACGCCGUCGUCGCAAACCGGAGGCUACUACUGCAAUGUUUGCGACUGUGUUGUCAAAGAUUCGAUCAAUUUCUUGGACCAUAUUAAUGGGACAAAACAUCAACGUAAUCUGGGAAUGUCCAUGAAGAUAGAGCGAUCUACAUUGGACCAGGUUAAGGCGAGAUUUGCGCAGAACAAAAAGAAGCUCGAGGAAAAAAAGAAAGAUUAUGAUCUGGAGCAAAGGGUGAAGGAGCUCAAGGAAGAGGAGGAAAAGAUCAAAGAGUACAGGAAGGAGAAGCGAAAGGACAAAAAGAGAAAGAUUGAGGAACUUUCCGAGGAUGACGCAGGGCCUUCCGACGAAAUGGCCGCGAUCAUGGGAUUCUCUGGCUUCGGCUCGAAGAAAAAGUGACAAACUGCUUCUGACGAGCGUUCGUGAACAAUUUUCGCUACUCCGAAAAAGAAAAUAAUGUUUCUUUGAAAAAGAUCGUGCCCGGUACGACUUGGAAGACGAACAGAAAUUCCAAUUUUUAUUGGAAUUUAAGGGGGCGAUUUGUGAAUAUAACGUUUAUGAUGUAUUUCUUAUUUUUCCAUCAUUGUUACAACAGUUUCAAGAUGAGAAAAAAAAGCUAUGAAUUACAAAUCCGACCAAUGUGAACGUAACAAAUGACACGAGCUUAACCGGUAAUUUAUUUAAGAUUAAUUAAAAAUUAAUUAAGAUUAUUUGGAUACGAAUGUAUAAUGUAAAUAAGUUAAGUAUAUCUUUGAAACAAUUUCCAUAUCUGUCGAGCUUCUUCGUGAAAGUGCGGGACUUUGCAAUUGGUUAAUGCCGAAAGAAAAUUCAUAUAUCGUGCAUGUAGGAAUAAAAUUUACGAAAAUUAGCGUAUAUAGAACUUAACACCGAUAUUUCCCUCAUUAUUCCGUUUAAAUGUCAUUGCGUUAACACUACCGGGAGCUUACGGUGAAUAUUUUUUUGUUUGUUUCAAUUCCGACGAUAAUCACGCCAUAUCAAAUGGGACACGGUCGAAUGUUUCUAUCGAUAUUCUUGUCACAAUCAAGCAAUUUAUAAUGUUUAAACCAACGUAGCUUUCCUGAAUGUGUAAUGAAUGUGCUACACUCGCAGAGCAUGAAAUCAAGACUGAGAAAAAUUUAAUUAAGAAACUUGAUGCGUCCGUUAAACAAUCCAACACAAUUGUACAAUAAAACAAGAAUAAUCGGUCAAUGU